AUGCCUCCAAGGGUCUCCCUUGGCGCCUUUCUCGCCAACGCGAGAUCGGCCCUGGCGGCUCCGCAACGGGCAAGUCCCCUGACGUUGGUCAUCGGCAACGAAUCUGCAGACCUCGAUUCUCUCUGCUCUGCCGUCGUCUACGCCUACCUCCGCAGCUAUGCUCCGCCUCACACGCUCCACAUCCCCAUCUCAAACCUACCCCGCGAUGAUCUCAAGCUCCGUCCCGAGAUGACGGCUGCCCUGGCGCACGCCCAGCUGAAGCCGAGCGACCUUCUCACGCUCGAUGAGAUACCGCAAGACCUCGCCGCGAAGGACUCCAGAUGGGUUCUCGUAGACCACAAUGCCCUGACGGGAGGCCUUGCGAGCAAAUACAGCAGCAGUGUGGUCGGCUGCGUAGACCACCAUGCCGAUGACAAUCAGGUUCCUCAGGAUACUGGCGACGAACCCCGGGUGGUCGAAAAGUGCGGAAGCUGUGCGAGCUUGGUGGUGGAGUACUGCCGCCCGGCGUGGGAGGACCUCGCAAAGUCAGAGGAGGGUCCUAGAGACGUGGACGAGCACCUCGCCAGGCUCUCACUGGCGGCGAUCCUGAUUGACACCACAAACCUCAAGUCCAAGGAUAAGACGACCGACAAGGACAUUAGCGCUGUUUCCUUUCUCGAAAAGUUUACGGAUGGACGCGACGCAUUUUUCAACGAGAUAUCCGCCGUUAAGGAAGACAUAUCCUCGUUGGGGUUCCGCGACGUGUUCCGCAAGGAUUACAAGCAGUGGGAGGACAAGGGCGAAGGCUCUGCACAGAGCCGCCGCCAGGUUAUGGGCGUGUCAGCCAUUGUCCAGAAUUUGGACUACCUCCUUGAGAAGGCUGGUGGCGACGACAAAGUGCUGCUGGGCGAGUUCAAGAAGUGGGCCGAGGAGAAGAAGAUGGAUGUUGGCGUCAUUAUGACGACUUCGCAUCCUGGUGGGAAGUUCCAGAGAGAUUUGCUCUUGUGGGCAUUUAACGAGAACGCUGUUGACUACUGCAAGAAGUUCUACCAAGAUUACAAGGACGAGUUGGGUCUGGAGAGUUGGGGCGAGGGCAGACUCGAUCAGGUCGGAGGUGGGGAGUGGAGGAUGGCUUGGCACCAGAAGAGUCUGUCCAGCUCUCGCAAGCAGGUUGCGCCCAUGCUGCGGCAGACUAUCAAAGGCGGUACCAGGCUUUGA